CUUCUCUCUCUCUUCUCUCUCUCAAACUUUCACUCUCACCAUUAUUACUGGCUCUUCACUAGUCCCUCUCACUUCAUUUAUACCUCCCCUGAAUCCACCCUGGACGCCCAAGAUCCUCUAUCCUCCUACUCCCCCUUUUCAAAGCCCACUAUUCCACUCCUUCCUCCCUACUUCAAUAAAUACUCAAAACUCUUCCUUCAAAGUUCUACUUGUACCCCCACUUCUCCAUUUUCACUCCUCUCUUCAUGCCAACUGACAUGGAACCUAAUGGGCAUAGGAAAAUGAGGAGAAGUUAUCUUAUUACUCAAGAAAGUAGCAGUUUGAACUUGUCAGAAGUUAUUGAUGAACUUGAUCCUUGGACUGCAUGGGCUUACAGACCUCACACCAUUAAACUUUUAUUUAUAGGCACUUGUUUUCUAAUUUGGGCAAGUGGAGCCCUUGAUCCAGAUACCACUUCAUCUGGUGAUCUUGUGACCUCUGUGAAAAGGGGGAUAUUUGCGAUGAUUGCAGUUUUUCUUGCUUAUAGCUUACUUCAAGCGCCUGCAACGGUUCUUAUAAGGCCGCAUCCUGCAAUUUGGCGCUUGGUUCAUGGACUGGCAGUUGUUUACCUUAUUUCUCUUACGUUUUUACUUUUCCAGGAUCUUAAAAGUUCCAGCAUUGAAGGAUUUUCUUUAUAUCAUGAGGUGAAAAGAAUAAAAGAUGAUUGGAAAAGAAGAAAUGAAACCCUUGGCAAUCGCAUCAAGAAGCGAGAUGAUGCUCGACAGUUCAUGAGAUUUCUGCAUCCUAAUCUUGGUGUUGAACUUCCUGAAAGAUCAUAUGGAUCAGAUUGCCGCAUUUAUGUGCCAGAGAAUCCCUCGAGCAGGUUUAAGAAUGUUUAUGAAACCUUGUUUGAUGAAUUUGUGCUUGCUCAUAUCUUUGGUUGGUGGGGAAAAGCCAUAAUGAUCCGCAAUCAACCUCUUUUAUGGGUUUUGUCAUUUGGGUUUGAGCUAAUGGAGCUCACUUUCCGCCACAUGUUGCCAAACUUCAAUGAGUGCUGGUGGGAUAGUAUUGUUUUGGACAUUCUAGUAUGCAAUUGGUUUGGCAUAUGGGCAGGCAUGCGUACUGUUCGAUACUUUGAUGGGAGAACAUAUGAGUGGGUUGGUAUUAGUCGACAACCAAACAUCAUUAGUAAAGUAAAGCGAACAUUGGGACAAUUCACACCAGCACAAUGGGAUAAAGAUGAGUGGCAUCCUUUACUUGGUCCAUGGCGAUUUGUUCAAGUUCUUUUUCUUUGCAUUGUGUUCUUGACAGUGGAGCUCAACACAUUCUUUCUCAAGUUCUGCCUCUGGAUUCCUGCUCAAAACCCCUUGAUUGUGUAUAGGUUAAUUUUGUGGUGGCUAAUUGCUAUACCAACAAUUCGUGAAUAUAACUCAUUUCUACAAGACCGAACUCCAGCAAAAAAGUUGGGAGCGUUUUGUUGGCUCUCCAUUGCUGCAUGCAUAGUGGAACUCCUCAUAUGUAUCAAAUUUGGUAACGGUCUGUAUCCAAAUCCAAUGCCUAGGUGGUUGGUGACAUUCUGGAUAUCUGUUGGGGUUGCUCUGGUGGUUUUUCUGAUUGUAUGGUCAUGGCAACUGCAUAAAGCCUUGGAGCAAAAGAAGCUCUGAUCUUGCCUAUUCAGUGUUUGGUAAAAUUAAUUUUUGAGUACUUCUAAAUCAAUCAAUCCUGCUCAUAUUUUUCAUAUUCAUAAUUUAUAAAUGCCUAUGCUUUCAUUUCAAUGGACUUUCCUGUGUAUAAAACUGUUCUUUCUUUAUAUUGUUUGACACACAGGCUUUUGAAUUAGCUGCAUUUAUCAUUUACCCAGUUUGCAAA